GCAUACGGCGCGGACAUGACGGAAGUUUAGACGGUUGCUCUGGGUGAACGAAGGGAACACUGACAGCAUCGCAUCAAACAAGAAAUUAUUCUCGCCCCCUAUAUUAACCCAGUUUCCCCCUUCCCUCACACAUGGCGUCCAAUUCUAACAUAGAUAUUGAGGGUGCGACCCAGCAUCUUCGGGACAUCCUCAAGCUCGACCGUCCCGGGAACAGCACCGAUGCACCAUCGACUGAUGGCCCAAGAAUGCCAUCUUUUAACGGAGAGCUGAAUGGGCUAUUGGGAGCAGCAGGCCUUCUGGGAGGCACUGAUCGGUCCACCAUGUCAGAAUCUAGCAGACCCAUCUCCACAGACCUCAGCAGUGCUCAGGAGUGUCAGAUAAUCUGCCUUUCGGGUGAUGAUCGCUCCACCUGUAUCCCCAUCACCUCCAACAAUGUGGAGAUUGUGGCAAGUCAAGAUUCCAGCAUCAACAGCAAGGCUCGUGGCAGCAACAAGGUGAAGAUUCAACCUGUUGCCAAGUACGACUGGGAACACAAAUAUUAUUAUGGCAGACUGAUAGCCGUGUCCAACUCCUUCCUGGCCUACGCCAUCAGAGGAGCCAAUAACCAUGCAAUGAUUCGUGUCCUGAGUGUGAGUUUCGCCGAGCGCUCCCUCCUGAAGGGCUUCACUGGAGCUGUCACAGAUCUGGCUUUUGCCCACCUCGACUCCUCCCUGUUGGGUUGUGUAGAUGAAGCGGGCAACCUGAUGGUCUGGCAGCUCACCUGCACUGGAAACAAGAUACUUGAUCAGGUGGUGGUUCAUAUCCAACGGCCAGAAAACACUCCACUGAACUCUCAUCGUCGCCUCAUCUGGUGCCCGUUCAUCCAGGAUGACAAUGAGGAGAACCAGGACGACACCAGCCAGACCUUAGCCCUUCUUCACGAAGACAUGGCUGAGGUGUGGGACCUGGAAGUCUUGAGGGCCAACAACAGCAGUUGGCCUGUCGAUUCCACGGAUGUAAAAGAAGGCCUCAUCACAGUCAAGGGACAUAACCAGCGAGUCAGUGAAGGGGCCCUGUCUCCAGAUGGAACGGUGUUAGCCACAGCCAGCCAUGAUGGAUACAUCAAGUUCUGGCAGAUAUACAUUGAGGGGGGACAGGAUAAGCCAAGAUGUCUUCAUGAAUUGCGGCCCCACGGAGGACGUCCCCUUUCCUGCCUUCUUUUCUGUGACAACCACAAAAGACAGGACCCAGAAGUUCCUUUCUGGCGGUUCCUCAUAACCGGAGCGGAUCAGAACCAGGAGUUGAAAAUGUGGUGCACAGUUUCCUGGACCUGUUUACAGACCAUCAGGUUUUCUCCAGAUCUGUUCAACUCAUCAGUUCUGCCGAGUCUGAAGGCCAGUGUGGACCUCUCUGCUGAGUAUCUUAUCCUCACCGACGUACAGAGGAAGGUUCUGUAUGUGAUGGAGUUGCGGCAGGAUCUGGAGAAAGGCAAGGCCAGUUUCACAGCGGUGUCAGAGUUCCUGCUGACCCACCCAGUGCUCAGCUUUGGGGUCCGGGAUGUUGCCCACAGCCGAUUGCGACACACUGAGGUCCUCACUGCAGAGGAGGAGAGCGAGAGCAUGACAACAGAGGGCACUCAAGGACCCACAGAGUCUAAGUCUGGGAUACAAAUAAAACUCUACUGUGUUCACACCAAGAGUCUGCAGGAUGUCCAGAUCUGGUUUCAGCCCAACUUGGGUUCCAGCUCUGCAGCCUUCCUGCCCCAUUCUGAUUCCCAAGAUGGUUUUGCAGGGUUUUCAGACCAUCUUACUGACCAGAGCUCUGACAAGGAAUCAGGAAGUGGCUCCCAGACUGACCUAAGGAAGAUCCCAUCGCUUCCUGCUCCCACUGACUUCCUGUCAAACUCAGGUGCCAGCAGUGGGACCAAGCUGAUGACUCCUGACGCCUUCAUGACACCAAGUACUUCGGUACCGGCCUCUCCUGGCAGCAGUGCCAGCAGUCUGACUAUUGUGACAGCUAUCAGCAGCAACUCGGACUCAACUAACAGAGCUAUAGACGAUGUGAGUCAGAGUCCUAACAGAGCAGAGAACAACAGCAGCAGCAGUUUGGCAGUCUCCACCUCCACCAGCAGCCCAAGAGCUGCCUCUGCUGUGCUGCUGCCUGGACUGGAGAGCCUACAAGCUUUAGCGUCCCCUAGUGGUCCUCUUGCACUCGACAGCCCUCAGGUUCUGGAUUCUCCCCUCCUGCCACCUCUGGCUUCUCCGACCAGGGCGCGCUCCCCUGAUGUCAUUUCCUCAGCCUCCACAGCCAUGUCCCAGGACAUGCCGGAGAUUGCAUCUCAGACUCUGCAGCUUCAGCGUGGAAUGGUGUCAAGCUUGGAGCCCUUACCUCUUUCUGCCCUUCAGACAGACAGCAUGGCCUCUGCUGCAUCUGCGCUGCACCUUCUCACCUCACCACGUACAGCCAACAGCAACAGCCUGUUGCCCCUCGAACUCGGAGGUGCUGAUGGACCAGUGGGCGGGGCCGUAGAGUCAGAGCCCAGACUCAGUCACACCCCAUCUUUACUUGAGAACGCCUUAUCACAGGAGAACCCUGGGGUUGGUGGAGGGUCCUCAGAUGGUAGUGUUAGCCACACACCUUGGCCAGCUGCACCCGAUAUCACGAGAGAAACCAGGAACAGUCUAAGAGACAAUGGUCUUGGUGACUGUUCAAGAGAAGAGUCAAACGACAGACACUUGAGCUCACCUUACCAUCGACGCUCCUAUCACCUCACACAGAAUGACAGUCAGGAAGCUGGCGCAGAGCAGAGUGACCCUGAUGAUGAGGUGGCCAGCCUUGCAUCGUCCUCAGGAAACUGUGGUUCUCGUUCUUCUCACAGACUACCGGUUAAGGACUGGAAGGCCUCGCCACGAGGCUCGCCAAAAGUAAAGAGGAAGACCAAGAAAGAUGACAGUGAAUCAUCUCAGUCCAGGCAAAUGGACUCUGGUCAGAUAAAUGCAGAAGUACAGGACGAGUUGUUGAUGCUGCUGCGCAGCCAGCAGAGGGAGUUGACUGAACUGCGAGGACAGAUUGAAGCUAUGCAGAGCACUAUUAUGGCCCAAGUAGAGCACGUCCUUACCAACCACCAGGAACAAGAGCAACGCAGACUAGAGCGAGUUCUGGCAGAGAGUCAGAAUCAUCAGCAGCAGCUUCAGGAACAACUCAGCCAGCAGCUCAGCCACACCCUCAGCACGGUGCUAACCAACAGAAUGGACAAAGUGCUACGAGAGGAGAUGAAGAAAACAGUCCCACAAACAAUCUCAAAGAGUCUGGAGCCAGUGACAGGUCAGCUGAACAAUACAAUUGCUGCUAAACUGACCGCCGUGGAGGUCACCCUGAAGGACAAUGUCAGCAAGGUGGUCAAAUCAAAGAAUACAACAGAUGCAAUUGGUCGAGCAGCAGCUGAGGCGAUGCAGGGGCCCAUCCAAGCAGCCUAUAAAGACACCUUCCAAAGCAUCGUGCUGCCUGUUUUUGAAAGAGGCUGCCAAUCCAUGUUCCAACAAAUCAACGACAGCUUCAAACAAGGCACACAAGAAUACAUCCAACAGCUUGAGACCCAUAUGAAGAACAGAAAGCAGAGGGAGCAGGAGUCACGAGACCCCAUGAUUGGCCAGCUCCAGCAGAUGAUCGACAGCUUCCAAAGCUCCACUGAUCAGCUGGCCAAUAACAUCACAGCUAACGUCCGGGCAGACGUCCAGCACCAGAUCCAGAUGAUGGUGGGAAAUUUGCAGGAGUCUAUUCUUAGCCACGUGCAGCGAAUUGUCAAAGGGGAGGUGAGCCUGGCAAUGAAGGAGCAGCAGGCAGUGGUGACCUCCAGCAUCAUGCAGGCAAUGAGGUCGGCAGCCGGCACGCCCGUCCCCACAGCACACCUAGACUACCAGACACAGCAGGCCAACAUCCUGCAGCUCCUCCAGCAGGGCCAGCUCAACCAGGCUUUCCAGCAGGCUCUGUCAGCAACAGAUCUGAACUUGGUCUUGUAUGUGUGUGAGACCAUCGACUCUCAGCAGGUGUUUGGUCAGCACCCCUGCCCUCUCAGCCAGCCCGUGCUGCUGUCGCUCAUCCAGCAGCUCUCCUCCAACCUCUCAACCCGCUCUGAGCUCAAAAUCAGCUACCUGGAGGAUGCAGUGAUGAACCUGGACCACGGGGACCCGCUGACAAGAGACCACAUGUCCUCCGUGCUGGCCCAGGUUAGGCCGAAGCUCUUUACCUUCUUGCAGCAGGACCCCCACAGCCCACUCAGCAAGAGGGCACGGCGCCUAAUGAUGAUGCUGCAGGGUCUCGUCAGCCACUAGUCCUACAUUUAAAAAAUGGUGCAGGAGAGUCGUUUCCUCAGAGUUGCAGAUCAUGAGUCCAUUUUUGUUAUGAGUCCACGAAUGUUUCAGAGAAAAGAGCAACAAGGACAACUUCACCCUACUCUGUUUUGGAGCUGAGGCUUGGACAUGUUGUUGGUUGGUGAGGGAGGACAAGGGCUCCUAAAUGACUGAGUUUGAAACCCCUUGUUUGGUUCAAGAAGGUUCCCUCCCACCCAUCUGUCCCUGAAUUCAGCUCUUUCCCCCAUUCCAUUUGUUCCUAUUCCUCCCCCCUGCUCUGCCUGCACCAGUUAAGUGUCAAGUUAGGAAGUAGAAGCUUGUUUUGUUUGUUUUCUCCUGGAAAUACCUUCAAUGCAAGACAAUAAUGGUCUGGACUACUCUUCAGUUCACUGUAGAUUCCUUCAGACCUUCGUUACUGCUGCUUUUUCCCCGCAAGAGGCAUUCUGGUUGUGUCUCUGAUCCUUUCAUCCCCAUCGAGAAACAGAAGACUCUCAGAAACAACAGCAAGAGAGCCUGAAAUUUCAUGUCGUCCCCGUCUCCCAGACACAUCAUACCUGACACUCCUUUGAUGCCACUUCAUCCAAAUGUGCAUAAGACUCAAAGAAUGUUCAGCCGAGUGGUCCACAAGACCAAACAUCGCUGUGUUUUUCAGUUUUUUUCUGUUCUACUGUGUUCCUCUGACCCGUCAGUCAGACAUGUUAAGUUUUGGGAUACUGAACAAGCUGUGAUGGAGGGGCUACUUCUGAGCAACAGAAGGAACGAAAGUAUGCUAAAAGAAGACAUGUUUUGCCUCAAAAUGUCGCCUUGUAUCUUGGCCUUAGAAGCGAACAGCAGGCUUGGGCACAUUUUUUUCCCCCAAUACAGACCAGCAUCCUCGCUAGAGCCAACUUGGAAUUCAGUUGCUGCAGGAUUACGCUGUCCUCAGUUCAGGUUUUUUAAAAAACAUCCAAGCUAAUCCCGGCAACCAAAAGCAUGUUACAUUCAAAGCCAUUUUGUGUUGGUGGCAUUUUUCCUUUCAGUUAUUUUUUAAUAGGUUGGAGACGACAACCUCGCCAGGCCAAAUCCGUCUCAGCGCUUUGAAGAGGAUCAACAUGCUGAAUUGUUUUACGAAGUUAAUUGAAUUUGUUCCUGCGUUGGUAUUCAGGAUGAAAAGCAUAUUUCUUACUUUUUUCCUUCUGGCCUUGUUUUUACAAAUCAUUCUAAUGAGGGUCUCUGAAGGAUACAAAUAAGAUUAAAGGAUGAGAAGUAACAUUUUUGAGAUGUGACAAAUAUUUGCAGGGGUCCUCCAGGCUGAAAAGAAUUCCCCUUUAAAAUCUGAAAUGUUUGGAGCCCAACAUCGAGUUUGGCAGCCGUCCAUGUGUACAGCUCUGUCCUGUAAAUUAAUCAGACCUCUCCCUGUGUUUCCUUCUGUACGUCUGUCCCUUUUUUAUAUAAACAUUUAGCAUUUGUAAGACUUGUAUACUUGCUUUAAGAGUUGUCAAACUAGUUAUAACACAUAAUAAAAACACUUCCUAAACAUAAUUGUUACUGAUGAUGUUAUUUUAUCAGGCUAUUCCAAAUAAUGUUUGUGAAUUUAACGUGCAGUUACUGAUCAUAGGCUCUAGGAGGCAGCACUUAGUUGGACUGCAGAUGUUCACCCUCCUUGUCAUUUAGGUUUUGGAUUCAGAAAUCAUUCCUGCUCUUACAGUAUCUUCUUUUACCAAACAUUGAAAAGCCUGCACCUGUCUGUUCAUCUUCAGAGUGUGUUGAAAGUGUAUGAUAAUUUAUGUACAGCCCAUUUACACACACAUCAUAGUUUAAGUGCAGGGUGACCACACUGUUUUGCUGAUUGUAAAAUAAAAGUUCUGUUAAUUUGAUCUCUGUGUUUAGAUUCUGUUAAGUUGGAUUUGUCUAGCAAGUGCCUUAUUGUACUCUACAUGUUUUACUCCAACAUUUGAUCCCAUUUGGGCCUUUAGACAACUUGUUUGAGCAUUAUCCCACAGCAGUUCCUUUUUAGUUUUACAAGCGUUUAUGUUGUUGGAUCUGACGUAAGGCUCAAACAGCACAGCAGGGGAGAAUCUUUGUGUUCUGUUUGCAAACAUUUGACUACCAAGACAGCUGAUUGAGAAAGAUAUUUGAAUGCUCAUGAAACAGAGAGCGGUAUUAUUUUGACUACUGCCACCUUCACCUUUGAGUCACAGACCGCAGUUCAUUGUCCUCUGAGCAGAAGGACAGGUUGACUCCUGCUUUGCCCUGAGUGGGAGCUGUGUGUGAGAACCAGCUGAAGUUUGUGUGGAUAUUGUUUUUUCGGUUUGCACUCUGUUCAUUUCCCUCUGCUUGGAUGCUUAUGUUGUAUGUUUUACAGUUUAUUUUACCCUAAACAUUUUGGAAUAAAAAAAAAGACUU